CGUUGGUGUUACCAUGUCGACACAGAGUCUUACAUGUAUUCAUGCACGGUUAGGUGAUGAACGUUUGUCAGAGAUGAUACAGCCAUUAAAAACGCGGUUUCUCAGGUAUGAGCGAAUGGAGCUUCUGUACAGGCGAAAUGUCUAGAAUGAAGCUUUUCCUGUAUCUGUUUGCCCUAUUAGGAGGUUGCUCUCACAUCCUCGCGACUGCAAACCAAGAAAUCUGCAGACGUGUCACGUUUUCAGAACCAAGCGAUGGCUUUUCUUUGGUGGGUCAUGUCUUUGCCAAUAUUACGUUAUUUAUUGGACCACGCAUGAAUAACCACUGCAAAAAUCGAUGUAUCAUGGAACAGAGAUGUCGAUCGAUCAACAUAGGCCAAGUAAGGAAAGACGAGGUCCUGUGUCAGCUGAGUGACUCGGACCAAUCAAAACAUCCGAAAGAUAUAAAACCUAUGGAUGACUUUCUAUACUUGGGUAUUGAGAGUAAUUGUGAUAUGGCGAAACAAUGCAAGGAAGCGACAGUAGAACCUACUCGUCUAGAUGCUCUUAAUCGCCGCAGCUCUCAAGUCAGAGGCGUUACCAAUGGCAACGAAAGUGUCAAUGCCAGUGGCGGUGGCGGUGGCGGUGGCGGUGGCGGUGGCGGUGGCGGUGGCGGUGGCGGUGGCGGUGGCGGUGGCGGUGGCGGUGGCGGUGCCGGUGCCGGUGGCGGUGCCGGUGCCGGUGGCGGUGCCAGUGGCGGUGCCGGUGGCGGUGCCGGUGCCGGUGGCUGGAGGUGGCGGAGGCGGAGGCGGAGGAGGUGGCAGAGGCAGAGCACUGGCUGUAGAAGAGUUUCUUCAAAGAGAUUUAGGGACCAGUGCGGGGGGUGGGAAGUGGGGGAACGAAGUCUGGAACCUGGGGACGAUGUUCUCACAACUUGCAAAGCGAUCAACACGCAUGCUAGUCAGCGGUAUCUUCAAAGAGCUUAG